AUGAAGCAAACAAUGCAGUCAUCUUCGCUCAUUACGUUGAUAGCGAUUAUCACUAUGGCAUUCGGUAUGCCAUAUCGACUGAACUCAUCGGCAGUCGCAAUAAAUCAUGGUCCUUGGGCGGAGAUGCUCGAAAACUGGAUUACCCUUCAGUCUAAUAAUUCACGUGCGGCACGUCUAAUGAAGAUCGGUGAUAAAACGGUAACAGUGUCGACCAAAAUCACCACCGGGAACAAGCGGGACGUUACCGAAACCGAUCUUUAUCUGCUUGGUGCCAUCGAGAAACUGGUGUACAGAUUGGAUCACGUGGAGAAACGAUUGAGAAGAGCGGAAGAGUUGUUGUAUUACAUUAUUUCUGGCAACAAUAAAAUGAAAGAACCUUGUCCCGACAAUUACACGAGAAUGGGUCAAAACUGCUACCACUUCAGCAACCGUGACUUCGACUGGAAAUCGUCAGCCAGCCUCUGCCGUGGAAUGGGCGGACAUCUGGUCGAAUUCAACACGAUCGAAGAGAGUCAAGAUGUAAUCGCCGGCCUGACGUCGGACCCUAAACUGAAAGGAAAGCAUUUCUGGACGGGGGGAUUAAAUCCGGGACUACUGUGGAUCUGGUCCAGUAGCGCUCGACCGGUUCAAGACACCAAACAAACAGUCAUCGGCGAUGGCAGGUGUUUGAAAUUAUCCUACAACGUGUCGUCGAAAAUCUACUCCUACAGAGGCGAGGAUUGCAGCUCGAGGCAAAGAUACAUCUGCGAAUUGACGCUCGACGAUGAAUCGGCGAAUAAGAUCGAGCGAACAGCACGAUUGCUGAUCGAUAAGGACAAUUAG